AGUGUAGACCGCGACUCCUCCGCGCACAGAUCUCGUCCCCGCCCGCCGAUACGCACACUUGUCACGGUUUCACUGAGCAGUGGAAGAGAUUUUUUUCCAGAACGAGUAUUUGCUACUGUUUGGAGCAUGUCAGCAAGACAACAUGGUGGUUAACUACGAGAAUAUGUCUUAGUAUUUACAUCUGACAAUGACUUGGCUGGACGACGAGCAAAUCUUCGAAGUGAACUGCACUCCGCCUGCCAUAGACGACUUUCCUCGAGACCUGUUUUCGGAGAGGCAGCGUCAAGAUGGCGCCCUCGCGCUGCAUGUGCUCGGCUCGCUGUACCUGUUCGUGGCGCUGGCAGUCGUCUGCGACAAGUACUUCGUGCCUGCUGUCGAGAAGAUAUGUCAAGCACUCAACAUGUCAAACGAUGUGGCGGGAGCCACCUUCAUGGCUGCAGCGACUUCUGCACCUGAGCUCUUCGUUAAUGUCAUCGGCACCUUCAUCACAGAAGGAGACAUUGGUGUUGGCACCAUUGUUGGCAGCGCCGUCUUCAACAUCCUGGCUGUGGCAGCCUGCUGCGGCAUUGGCGCUGGUAUUGUGGUGCCGCUGGACUGGUGGCCACUCACGAGGGACUGCCUGGCGUACGGCAUGACCGUGGCGCUCAUGAUCUGCAUCAUCCAUGACGAGAGGGUGGAGUGGUACGAAGCUCUCAUCCUCGUGCUGCUGUACAUAGUGUACAUAGCAGUAAUGUACUGGGACAAACCAAUACAGCAGUUCACACGAGGACGUCUUGGUCUAACCAAAGAGAAAGAAAAGAAUGAUCCAGUAGAGAACUGUACAGAUGGUGGUGAGGCAGGCGUGCAGCUGCCGGUCUCGGGCAGGCAGCAGUUGCAAAUGCAGCAGAAUGGCAGAAUCAAAGUGUCGACCGACAGGAUGGCACAAGAGGACGCCGCCGACACCGAAAGUGUCAACUUGCUGGGAGUGACGUCACUGUUCCGCUGGCCACAGACGGAGAAGGCAUGGAAGCAGGCAGCCUGGGUGCUAGUGUGGCCCAUACACCUCGUAUUCCUGGUCACCAUCCCUGACUGCGAGAAGCCACGCUUCAAGCGUUGGUUUCCCCUCACCUUCAUCAUGUGCAUCAUCUGGAUCGCCAGUCUGUCCUACGUCGUCGCCUGGAUGAUCACUAUCAUAGGUGACACCCUGAAGAUACCAGACUCUGUCAUGGGUAUAACCUUCCUCGCAGCUGGAACGAGCGUCCCUGAAGCAGUGUCCAGUGUUAUAGUGGCCAAACAAGGUACCUAUGCUACGGUAUACAAGGUCACGGCUCGAUGGGCAUCAGCAACUCCAUCGGCUCCAACACGUUCGACAUCCUGCUGUGCCUGGGGCUGCCGUGGCUCAUCAAGGCGUCCUUCCUGCCCACCACCGAGGGACAGCACUUCGUGGGCAUCAACUCGCGCGGCCUGGAGUACAGCGCCAUCUCGCUGCUGUCCACGCUCAUGCUGCUGUACGCCACCUUCUCUUGCAACAGGUUCUCUCUGGACCGCAAGGUGGGCCACGCGUGCCUGCUCAUGUACGGCUGCUUCCUCGUGCUCGCCUCGCUCAUCGAGCUGAACGUGUUCUUCAAGGUGAACCCGCCCACGUGCGGCCGGUGAACACCACGCAUCUCUCCACAACUUAAUAAUGUUCGGUCCCUACAUCGGGCUGCGAUGUUAUGGACGGAAAGGAAAUGAGUGAUUCAAAAGUUGAUAGAAAUCUCAGUUAAAUUCUAUACUAUUUAAUAUUUUCAUAGAUGUUUUAAAGAAGAAAACGAUUGUUUUGUAAUUUUCUACAGUAAAAAAUUUCGUCCUCAAAAAAAAAACAUGCAGAUAAUUGUAUCGAUAUAUGUACGAUAUUAUUAUCAUUCGAGAGACAUUUAAUUAAAGAAAAUUACUAAAACAUGUACAAAGUUUUUAUAACUUUUACAUCCUCGCACUUAAUGCAAAUUAAACCAUUAAAUCAUUCAAAAUUAUCAACAGAAAUGUUAAGUACAAAUAAUUUAAUUAAAAUUUUUAAGUAUCCUGAUGGUGUUUAUUAUGCAAAAAGUUUUAAAAAUGGAAGUAAAUUAAUGUAAAUUUAUCACAUUUUGUAAUAAAAUUGGUUGUUAACCUCCCACAAA